AUGUCUCCCGUAGCAGCAGUACACACAUUAUAUGCGCGUGAUGCGAUACAAGAUCAACUGGCGCCGAAUUCUACACAACGAGUUACAUUAUAUAUCAUUGGGGCAUAUAUCGUGGGCAUACUAAUCUUGUGGAAUUUACCAAUAGUGAGCACUAUUCUUUAUCCAUUUAAGUUGCUAACUGUUGGUUUACAUGAGUUCAGUCAUGCUGCAGCCGGUUGUUGUACAGGAGCAAAAAUAGAUUCAAUUGAAAUAGAUCCUAAUGAAGGGGGAGUUACGCGGAUGCGUGGUGGUGUACAAUGUUGGACACUACCGGCCGGAUAUUUAGGUUCUUCAUUCAUUGGUGCAAUAUUGAUAUUUUGUGGGUUUAAUAUACUCGCGUCACAAUUUGCGUCAAUAUUUCUGGGAUUAUGCCUGUUAAUAACUCUCUGGUGGGCGAGAAAUUGGUUGACUCGAUUCAUUACCUUUUUCUUCAUUGCGGUUAUGGUAGGAUUAUGGUUUAUUGAGAAAGGAGCUGGCUUGAAAUAUUUCGUGUUGUUUGUUGGUGUAAUGUCGUGUCUAUAUUCCUUAUGGGAUAUCAUGGAUGAUUUAGUUUUCCGGAAAGUAAAUGAAUCAGAUGCCUCAAAAUUCGCUAAAACUUGUGGAUGUUGUCCAUCUCAAGUGUGGGGUGUCAUUUGGUUAUUGAUUAGUUUUGUUUUCUUGGCGAUAGGCGUAUUGGCCGGACUUGUAGCAUUUAAAGAAAAUUAUCAAACACAAAAAGAUCAGUCGACUCACGUGUUUUAA